AUGGACUCAGACGACGAGCGCCGCGACCACCGUUCACGGCGCAGCCGCCCCGACGACGACGACGAAGACACUAGACCGCGCAGGGACACCGCAGACCGUGAUAGCCACCGGCGCAGACGAAGCAAAGACCGAGACCACGGCCGCGACCGCGACCGCGGCUCCGACAGACACAGAGAAAAGCGGAGGUCACGAUCGCGAGAUCGGCGCGAGAGACGCCGCUCGCGCACGCCGGACUCUUCCUCGCGGAAACGCUCCCGAUCACGCGACCGCGACCGCGACAGAGAGCGACGCAGACGGCGAUCCCGGCACCGCCGCCGCGACUCCGGCUCCGACUCGGAACCCGACGCCCCCAAACGCAAACGACCGGCUCCCGCCAGCCCCCUCCGCCGCGCGGGCCCGCUCCCCGACCAAAACGCCUCCUUCGCGGUCUCCAAGGGCGAGGAGCCCGAGAAGCCCAAGGAGAAGCCGAACCUGCGCACGACGGGCCUGCUCGCGGCGGCCUCCAACUCGGUGCAGCAGGCCGACGGCACCUCGAUCGUGCUAAAGUACCACGAGCCCGCCGAGGCGCGCAAGCCGCCCGCCAAGGACCAGUGGAAGCUCUUCGUCUUCAAGGGCGCCGACAUUGUCGACACGGUGGACCUGAGCGCGCGGAGCUGCUGGCUCGUCGGCCGCGAGGCGGCCGUCGUGGACCUGAUGGCCGAGCACCCGAGCAUCAGCAAGCAGCACGCCGUCAUCCAGUUCCGGCACGUCGAGAAGAGGAACGAGUUUGGCGACCGCAUCGGCAAGGUGAAGCCGUACCUCAUCGAUUUGGAGAGCGCCAACGGGACGGUGCUGAACGGGGACAAGGUGGCGGACAGUCGCUACUACGAGUUGAGGGACAAGGACAUGAUCAAGCUGGGACACAGCACGCGGGAGUACGUGCUCAUGCUGGCGCCAAAGGAAUGA